AUGUCGCGACCACAAGAUGACCGCAAUCAAGAGGCGACUGUGUACCUGGGGAAUCUCGACGAGCGGUGUAGCGACGCGCUCAUAUGGGAGCUGAUGCUACAGGCCGGACCAGUCGUAAAUGUCCAUCUUCCCAAGGACCGCAUAUCUAUGACACACCAAGGCUAUGGCUUCUGUGAGUUCUUGACCGAGGAGGAUGCAGAGUAUGCCUGCAAGAUUAUGAACCAGAUCAAAUUAUGGGGGAAACCCAUCAGGGUCAACAAGGCAUCUUCGGACAAAAAACAACUCGACGUCGGCGCGAACCUGUUCAUCGGAAACCUUGACGAAAAUGUGGACGAACGUUUGCUCUACGACACCUUCAGUGCAUUCGGCAUGAUGGCGACCACUGCCAAGAUUGCUCGUGACCCGACGUCUGGAAAAUCAAAGGGCUACGGCUUCGUGUCGUACACCGACUUCGAGUCCUCGGACGCCGCGAUCGAGUCCAUGAACGGCCAAUUCCUCAUGAACAAGGCCAUCACAGUCCAGUACGCGUUCAAGAAGGACGGCAAGGGCGAACGACACGGCACUCCCGCCGAGCGGUUGCUCGCCGCCCAAGCUCGCAAAAAUAACGCGCUCCCAGCCACCGCGCGGCCUCCUCCCGCGCCGAUGGGUGCGCUCAACGCGUUCGGUGCACGUCCGCCCGUCCCCGGAUACCAGGCCUAUCAAGGUCAAUUCGCAGGCGCGCUCGCAGCACCACCACCGCCUCCCGCAGGGUUCACGCCCCAACAGACGAUCAUGCCACAGGGGAUGCAGGGGAUGCCCGGAAUGCCACCACCCAUGCAGGGCAUGCCUCCGCAGGGUAUGCCCAUGGGCGUCCCACCUCCACCCCCCGGCGUCCCUGUGUACAACCCCCAAGGCGGCUUCGUUCCACCGCCGCCGCCGCCCGGAUUCAUGCCGCAGGGCAUGCCCGGCAUGAUGCCUCCCCCCCAGAUGAUGCCCCCGGGUGGCAUGCCACCGCAGUACAUGCAGCAAAUGUAAUCGCUCCUUCCCUGGAACGGUCCUCGCGCUUGUUGCCCUCUCGAUUCCUCGCUUCCUGGUGCCCCGUGGCUGUCUCGGUCGUGUUCGCGGGCGCGCGUGCGGACGUUGUACGUUGUUUGAUGACGUUGUAUCCCAGUCUGUGCACCUCAGCGGGGCGU